AUGACGGUUAUAAUUAUACUUCACCCGAGUCUUGCCGCAAAUUCCUUCCAGUCACAAGAUCAUAGAUUGCUCAACGCCACUGGAGAGCAGAACCUGGAUAUUCAGGUGGGUCAGGCCCUGCGACACUCCAACGCUGUCAGUUAUCAUGACCGAAAUACACAACGCCCACACAUCAUGGCUAAAGCCAGGUCCGUGAUGCCAAGUCAACGGUCACAUUCGUCGAGUAAGCAGGCCACAGACGAAGCUGAAGCCAAAACCGGGGGACGGGGUCUGUCGUUAUCCAGUCACACCCCCAUCAGCCUGGGUCAUUUGACGAAAACCCUGAAGGAUACCCGUUCCCAGCGUCCCUCAUCUCAUUCACCAACAACCCCACCAACAAUGACUGCCAGAUGGGGCACUAAACCAACGAUGCGUGUGAUGGGACAGUCUUUUAACGACCCAACCAUCAGUCGCCUUCAUCCGGAUCUUAAUUCACGACACUUUCGACGCCUGUGGAAUCUACUCAGGAGCGACGACGAUCGGCAUUGGACCUCGGAAGAACCGCCUCGCGUUUUAAGACAACGCGGAGUCUCCAACACGAUGUCUGACGCUAGCGGCCCACAGACUGCCCCCGUGGAUGUCGGUCUUUUGCGUAAGGCCAACUCACUUAAUCUGACUUUUCGAGAUCAAACCGGAGCUCAGUUCCUUCUGCCUGAGCCACAAAUCCAACUGUUUCGCAACUGGCUCAUCGAACAGGCUACUUGCGAGAUGGAUUUUAUCUGGAAGGACCUAGGGUCCCUCUACUGGCCGCGGUGGAUCCGCAUGGGCGUUUGCCUGAGCCGUUUAGGUAGUUCUUGUUCCUGGCCACCGGGCAUGAAAUGUCAGCCCUCGGGAUCCCGCGUGCUUCGCCUCCUAAACUGGAACUGCGAAGAUGCCCUGCAGUCGCAGUCUGGCACUUCCGAGGGAGUCCCUGCAGACGCCGAUAAUACUCCCCUGCAGCGUAGAGCACGAGCCAUAAUUAACUUGCCCGGCCAUUUGGGUUCAUCCCUCUAUGCUCGCAGUCCUGUUAUUAACCUGCGUGCGCAUCUCCAAAAUGCCAAGGUUCCCGCCUCAGCCGAGGGCCCGGUCGCACCCCAGUUUGACCAGGGGGCUCAAAGCAGCGUCUUCCAACGACCGCCGCGGUCAUACUCUCAGAGCCCCCAUUGGCGAUAUUACACUGCGGCUCGUCGACGCAAAGGCCGCCGUGAUGUAGAACUUACAGCUGCUGAGGAGGAAGAACGUAAGACACGCAAAGCAAAGAGGUUGAUGAGGAAACUCAGUGUCACUUCAAACGGAUUUCACUGCUAUUGGCAGGUGCAGAAGUACCUGAUUAGCGACAAGUGUACCUGCUCGUGUGCCUGA